AUGACAACUCUCGACGAGCUCGAGAAGCUCUUCCCCACGCGCACCACCUACGCCGCGCAGCUUGCAACCGCGCCGCAACAGCUCCAAGUGACGGCCAACACGGUGUCUUCCUUCGUCAAACUUAUAACCAAGUCAUACCCCCGGGUGUGUGUAUUCGAUGGCGCUACAAGCGUGGGAGCCGAGCCUCAGGAUGCCAAGGUUGUCCUCUUCCCUCAGCGUUCAGGACACCACUGGUCGCUGGUCGCCCUCAUUGUCGACUACCAGCACCUCCUAGUCUUCGAGUGGGCUGGCAUGUCCGCGGCGGCUACGCAACACAUGGCCAAGACUGCCCUGCUCAACUGGUACCGCUGCAUCCCCGAUUCCACCACCAAGACCAGGCUCGGGGCGACGGACUGGACCGCCGGCAUCCGCUGGAAGUGGAUCCACUUCAAGUGCUCCGACUUUGAUGACCCCGAAACGCACAGUGCUGUGUACCUCUUCGCCUUCAUGUGGAGGACGGCCGUGUAUCCCUACCCGCCUGAGCUCGCCGAGCCGCCACACAACAUGGCCAAGGCGCGUGAGACGCUUCGCCGUGCGCUGGCCACCGGCAAGUUUGCCGCCAAGCCGAGCAAGCCCGACGGCCGCGAUACCAAGCUCGACAAGUACCCGCUGUCGAUGCCGAUGAAGAACGCCCUGGGUGACCCCCCUGCCCGACCCCGCAACCCCCUCCCACCCACCGCACCUGGUGCAAAGCUCAUUGUCCAAAUGACACGUGCACAUGACGCCAGUGAUGCCCGCCUCCGCCUGUGGGACCAGCGCCGUGGCGUUGUGUACCCUUCCUUAUCGGUGACUGAGGGUGAGGUGGCCAACGCUAGGAGAUCGUUUGCCGAGGGUGAGGCUCGGGGAGGCUUGUAA